CAUUAUACAAUGCAGACCCGUGUUUAAAAAGCUUUUAUCAGAAACUUGAUGUAUUCAAACAUGUAAAGAUUGAGAAUCCUCAACGAUUUUACCCAUAUCCUCAUAAAUACAUCACAAAUGAUGAUGUAGCAGUAAAAUUUACUUAUGAAGAUUGGUUGACAGAAGACAAAUCAAAGCUUUUAUUCAAGGGAAAAACUUAUAAUGGAUGUGAAAUUGUUAUCAAAUUUACUCAGAGGUAUAAUGCUAAAGCACACCAUCUUUGUGCUGAGAAAAACCUUGCACCAAAACUUUUUUGUGUCAGCAACAUCAAUUUGGGAGGAUGGUACAUGAUUGUAAUGAAAUAUAUUAAUGGUGAAACAUUACAGACUGCAAACAUUACAAAAGAGGAAUAUAAUGAUGUUUUAAAAAAUAUUCAAGAGGCCAUUGACACUUUGCACACUAAUGAUAUUGUUUUUGGUGACUUAUGUAGUUCAAACACAAUGAUAGAAAAGGUUCAUGGAAAGUUACAAGUAAUGCUUAUAGACUUUGGCUGGGCUGGAAUACAUCAAAAAGAUCGUUAUACACCUAUAAUGAAUCCAGAAAUUAAAUGGGCAAGUGGGGCUGAAGGAAAUACUUUAAUGCACAAAGAUCAUGAUUUAUACUGGCUAGAGAUAUUGAAAAAAAAAUAUGAAUAUUAA